CAGGAGCGAGACGGGGGUAGGGGCGGCUUGACGGGGUGGGCGUGGCCAGCGCGGCGACAGUGGCGGUUUAACGGAGGCGCCUGCUGUCUCCGCAGGCAGCUGCACAGCUUGAAUGUUGAGGAAGAAUGAAGAGCGAUGCACAGAAGAUGGCUAAAGUUUAGCGGUUUAGACUGCACAUAACGAAACCAUGUUUGAAAUAUGCACUGCAGUCAAAAGAUAUUGUUUUGCUGAGCCCUUUGAAGCGGACAGGCAUGCUUACAUACAUGAGUGUAGCCCUGAAGUUAAACUGUGAAGUUGUUCUAGAGAAUUAAACUCUCAACAAGACUAGUUCCAGUGGAUGGCCUAAAACCAUGUCCUUGUCUCGUGUUGAAAAUCCUUGUUUUCUGCUCUUCCUAGCUGUCUUUCAAGCAAUAUUUAUCCUGAUUUUGUACCGAGGUGGAGCAUCGAGUGUAUUUCGAGGAUUUUUAGAUGCUCCUCAGCCUUGGGAUUACUCAAAAACACAGGAUGUGUAUACAAAUCUCAGCUUGUUCACCCGAGCUCCUAAUGAAGAAACUAUGCCAUAUUGCACAGCCCAGUCACCAAUAUUUGUUGGUCCAUUAACCAUCACCUUUAAUACAUUCCCUAGUGAAAGAAUGAUAAUAAAAAAAAAUCCCUUUGUUCGGUUUGGAGGCUGCUACAGCCCUCCUCACUGCCUGGCUCGCUACAAAUCAGCCAUCAUUGUACCACACAAGAACCAGGAGAAGCACCUGCGAUACCUUCUCUAUUAUCUUCAUCCCUUCCUACAGCGCCAACAGCUUCAAUAUGGCAUCUACUUGAUUCACCAGGCUGGGAAUGCUACUUUUAACCGAGCCAAGCUCCUUAAUGUUGGUAUCCGGGAAGCCAUGAAGGAUGAGGACUGGGACUGUCUGCUCCUGCAUGACGUGGACCUCAUUCCUGAAAAUGAUUAUAACCUCUACGUCUGUGAUGAAUACUACCCCAAACAUAUUGCCAGUGCCAUAGACAAAUUCCAGUACAGUUUGCCAUAUUGGUCCUUUUUUGGAGGUGUCUCUGCUUUGACUCCAGAGCAUUACAUGAAGAUAAAUGGGUUUCCAAACACCUACUGGGGCAGUCGUGGUGAAGACGAUGACAUUGCUGCAAGGAUUCAGUUAGCAGGAAUGAAAAUAGUCAGGACCUCUAUUCAUCUUGGACGCUACAAAAUGGUGGAUCUUGAGCAACACAAAGGGAGUGAAGAGUACCCAAUAAGGCCUGCUCCACUGCAUAACACCAAAAAAACAUGGAAGGAUGAUGGAAUGAAUUCUGUAGAGUUCAAACUCCUUUCAAGAAAGAAGCACCUUCUUUAUACCAACAUCACUGUGGACAUUGGGAAUGCUCCUACGCUGCCUCCAGAGGGUAAAAACAAAGAGAAGAGAGCUUGAGUAUUGGUGCAGCACCUGGAAAUUGUACAACACAGGAGGUGCCAGCCUAUUGUUAAUCAGGAAUCAGAGGUCUACAAAGAUUGAAGAAUUAUUUCCUGCUGUGGGCGUCACCUUUCCUCCAAACAUGCAAGGGUUAAAAGAGAAGUCUUCAGGAAUGAGGCAUGACAGCUAUUAGACUGGAUUCAGUUUAUUGUAGAGAACCCUUUUUAAGCACUGUAAAAUGUGAUGCUUACUGAGCCCUUUACACACCUCCACCCACCCACCCACCUCUGUUGCAGCCUUGAUGAGUUCAUCCUUAUUCAUCACCAGGCAAAUCCAUUCUAAUCUGCGUAUUCUUAAAUCAGUUUCACCCAUUAGCUGGAUAGUUGGUUGAAUGCCAGCUAGGUAACUUCUGCAUAUCCUCCUGCUUACUAUUUUAAAAUGGUAAUUGGGUUAAAGCCACUCUGAGGAGGUGUUUCAUCUUUUGUUUGAAAGAAACCUCAGUCCCAUCUCACUGGUAAAGAGAUUCUCUAGUUGCAGUCUUUCUUGAAAUAAGUUUUCUUUGGUGUUAAAUAUUUCCCUUUCCAACUAUUACAUUUUUUUUGUAAAUAUUCUUCAGGAAGUUUAAAUAUAAGAUUUUGAAAGUUAAUAGCCCUCUUAUGGUUCCUGUUUUAUGUGACCACUUGCAAUGUACAUGAGCUUCUCCACAGGAAGUCUAGCGGCUUGGUAUAGCAAAGUCUUGUCUAGUCAUAAGUAGAGCAGGAACUUGAAUAUCGGCUUCCUGCAUAAAUUUUUGUGUGUGUGUGUCUGCCUGCCAGUGCUGAUCUAAUUUAUAAAUCUAGUCACUUAGAACACUACUAAAAAAAACUCAGCAUGGGACUGGUAGAAAUAACACUCCAUGUUUCUAUAAGAGCUAGAAAAGGGUUACUUUAAACAUAAGUUACCAGUCUCCCCUCAGCUGCAGGAAUUGGUAGGGCCCUACCAAAUUCAUGGUCUAUUUUGGUCAUUUUUAGAGUCAUAAGAUUUUUAAAACUGUAAAUUUCAUGAUUUCAACUAUGUAAAUCUGAAAUUUCACAGUGUUGUAAUUGUAAGGAUCCUGACCCCUAAAGGAGUUGCGGGGAGGUCACAAGGUUAUGGAAGGGGGGGUUGCAGAACUGCCAACCUUACUUCUGCGCUGCUGUUGGCAGUGACACUGCCUUGAGAGCUGGACCCUGAAGUUCUCAUCCAUUGAGAAGAAUUCUGGAGAAAUAUGAAUAAAAGGAGAGUUCAGUCUCCACAGCCAAUUCAGUCCUUGGCCUAGCCUUGAGCCUGCAAUAAAGGGGGAACCAUCACUUUUGUGACACAGAUACUUCUCCAUUGAGUGUGUGAACUCUCAGCUAGUUCUACAACAGGUGCCAGUUCUUAAUGCUUUAGUAACUAAUCUUGGGCUAACACCCUAGUUAAAGGCCUGUGUCUUCCCCCUUUACCAGUCCUUUCAGCCAUCCAGUGGGCCAUCUCUUCAGUUUCUACAGAACAUGUGAGACAGCUAAUGCAUUUCACUACCUUUUCCUCUGUGUCACUGUGACCACAGAACCAGCCAUUUAUUCUUAGCUGACUGCAAGCAAGCUUUGUCAUAAAUCUAAAGAAGUCAUUUUGCUCCUAUUGUAUUUCUAAUACGGUUACAUCUUUUAAGCAACUGAAGCUAUUCAAACAGUCCCCUACUCCUUCUGUGUGUUAUCUGGAGGUCACACUGCUAAAUGUGUUAAUCCCUUUAGGGGAAGAGGACUAAUCCAUUGCUAAACAGCUGUGGGGUGACCCUCAGGACUAGCCAAUAAUAAAGUUUAAUUAGACCAGUCAGUCCCUUGGGUUGUUGAAGUUUUUUAAACUUCCAGCUAAGGUAAGCCCCCUAUCUUUCAUUUCACACUGCCUUCCAUUCUGGAUGCUUUCUGUUUUAGGAUGGGGAAAGGAAAAAUUUUCCAUGUUAACAAGGAAAAAUUACUUAGUCUUAAUGGGAAUAAGAAUACUGAUUGUAGUACUGAGUUGUCUUCUUUCUCGUGGGGUAAAAGAGAAGCGGUUGAAGCUGGACUUUGUACCCCAUCCCGAUAGAUUACAUUAAUUUCUAAAAGGCCCCCUCUCAAUACAGUUGCAGUAAACCACCACUUAGUUGUCCUGUCCUGUUUCUUAAUACAAAUUGAAUUUCCCCCCUACCCCCUAAACAAGUCAGAAGUACACACACACAGGCUUUGUAUUGUGUCCUGACAAUCAGUGGACUGGCAGUCUCAGGGGAAGGCCCUAUUUUUUUAUUUCCUUUCCCCUAGCAGGGUCUGAGUCUGCACACAUUAGGAUUAAAAGCCUCAAUGUCCCACCUAUUUCUAUUUGCUCUUUCUCUAUGCCUUACCAAGCUGUUCUAGUUUAUGUCCUCUGCCUAUUAAAACAGAAUUUAUCACUAACCAACUUCUCAAAUGCAUCCAGAAACUACUAGACAGAGCAUAAGUUCUGGCAUGCACAACCAGUUGAGGAAUACUAUUAAUAAAGACGACUGUCUUCUGCA